GUCGACUGCAUCGUGAACUCGCAUUCUUCGCCGUUUCAUAAAAAUAGUAAUUUUGCUUUUUGUCGAGAAAUGCCGUAUCUUCAAGUCCAAACGAACAUCCCAGCGGCUAAAGUCCCUGAGGAUUUCUUGAAAAAAUCGACAACCCUCCUAGCAGACCUUCUAGGCAAACCAGAAUCGUUCAUAUGUGUAUGCAUUGAGCCUGGGCAGCUAAUGACGUGGGCAGGAACGUCUGAACCAACUGCUAUUGUUCAGUUGACCAACAUUGGCCGACAUGAUGCAGAAACAACCAAGAAGUACACAGAGAUGUUGACAGAACAUCUAGUGAAACAGCUUGGUGUCCCACAGGACAGGAUGCACCUUGUCUUCCACACAAAAGAUAGAUUUGAAAUUGGUCACAAUGGCAAAACAUUUGCUUAAUAGAUCAAUCUUUCACGCUUGAAGAUUUGAAGUGAAAAGCUACUGAUAUUAAGAUCAAGGUGGUUUUCCAGUAAACAAAGUUUUAUCAAUAGAAUAUUUCUCUGCAUGAAGCAGAGCCAAUAACUAAUGCAUGACCAACAAAAUUGUCAAAUUGCAAACAGAAAUCCUAAAUAGUUUUGUGAUUUUAAAUAGUUUAUAGCCAAGUUUUAUAAACAAUUAAAGUGAAUAACAAA